CUGCUAUAUAGGUCUACUGAUUUUCUAAUCGGGGAAGAAGCGGGGGAAAAUUGCAAAAGAGAGCUCCACGUUCGGUCCCCCCAUCCGUGACGAGCUAUGGCGGCGGCCGCGACCGAGGCGACGAUCCUCGAGCUGGACCCUUCGCACGAGCGCGCUGGCCGCGUCAUCGACGACAUCGUGCGGCUGGAGAAGAGGAUCUUCCCGAAGCACGAGUCGCUGGCGCGCUCGUUCCACGACGAGCUCAAACGCCGGAACACCGGCCUGAUCUACUCGACGUCCGGCGUCGGCGACGACGAGGAGGUCGCCGGGUACGCCAUGUACACCUGCGCCACCUCCCUCUGCGCCUCCAUCACCAAACUCGCCGUGAAGGAGAGCUGCCGGAGGCAGGGCCUGGGCGAGGCGCUGCUGCAGGCCGCCGUGGACAGGUGCCGGAGGCGGCGGGUCCAGCGGGUGUCCCUCCACGUCGACCCGGCGAGGACGGCCGCGGUAGCGCUUUACCGGAAGGCCGGGUUCCAGGUGGACGCCACCAUCGAGGGCUACUACUCCGCACAGAGGAAUGCUUACCGGAUGUACAUGGAUCUCUAGAAAUCAUCAGGAUCGGAGCACCAAGGCUUCUUCACUUCGCCGAUUGUGCUGUUGUUGAGUUCAAAUUGUUUUCUUCUUCUAAGUUUACAUGAGUUGAGCUUAUUUACUGUGAAAUGUCUGCGCUCCAAAUUGCCCCAAAUAACAGUAUCUAGGUAAAAAUCUGCGGAUGUAUUACUCAUUUAUGAUGUUGCAGUUUCAGACUAACGGAUAUUACCAAAUGCAAAUAUUGUUGCUGAAGAGCCAACCUCACUGUUGUAUCACUUUGUCAGCAAGAGAAUAUAAUUUAAUGCAACUUCUC